UCGUCAUCCAGACGCAUUCGGAAAUUCUUAUCGAUGAAAACCGAAAUCCAAUAGGAUAAAUCUGUCUGCUGGUUAGUUGUUCACAAAUACAGAGCAGGCGGAGUCGUAAUAAUGGAGCCUCCACCGUUUCAAGAAGCCUCUCGCUGCGAUGUUUGUAAAUGCAGCUUCACAGCAUUCAGAAGACGGCACCAUUGCCGAUGUUGUGGACGGACUUUAUGCAGUGAACAUUCAUCAGAUCAAAUGGUCUUACCACAAUUUGGUAUCAACACACUUGUCAGAGUUUGCUCAGACUGUUUUAACAAUGCUUCUCGGUUGACAAAAGAUGAUGUACCACCUUUUUCAAAUGAAGUUGAUUCUGUAAAGGACACGAUAGCACAAUUGGACAUUAAUGCAUCUCUGAAUCUUAAUCCAACGCCAACUUCUGGUCCCAUCUCAGCCCUAAAUAUUCCAGAAUGCAAGUGUGGAAUGCCAUUGUGCAUUUGUGAGGCUCCAGCUAUCCCCAAGGAUCCCGUGGUGACAUCUAAGAAUAACAUAACGACUACUUCUACAACUCAGUCAAAUCCAAAACCAAGAAGGACGGAGGUUAUUCCAAAGAAUAAAGGCUCGACAUCAAACGUCAAACAAUUUUCUAUGUUUAAUCUCGGUCAACUCCAUAAUGGAACAUCAGAAAAGUGCCUUGUGGACUAUGAAGUUAGUGGAGAGGGGUUAAGAGAAGCAAUAAAAAAUGGCGACGUUUUGUCUGUCAAGGAGCUUAUUAAGCAGGGAGUGGAUACAAAUUAUUGCGACAAGCAAGGAUUGUCUUUAUUGCAUAUUGCAGCUGUUUUUAAUCAAACUGAGAUAGUUUUUGCCCUCAUUGAAAAUGGGGCUGAACCAAAUGCCCGCAAUUCUCAGGGGGAAACGCCUCUGGAUUGUGCACCUGCCACAUUGCAGUAUAAGAUGCGUACAAAAAUAGAAGAAAGAAGGCUACAUCUCUGAUUUUCAAUAAGAACCGCAAUCGUUUCCUUCCGCAUGUAUUUUCAUUGAAAACUACAAAUUCUUUUACCAUUUUCGAGUGUUAUCCACAUAUUAUGGGCCUGUGGUUUCCUAGACUUCUUUCAUUAAACCAUACCCACUUAUAUAGUGUAACUGAAUAGACCUUAAUGUGUUGUACUUCGCAUGUAAUGAGCAUGGUUCAAAACCAGUAUUUUCUAUGUUUCUUAUCUGAAUUUGAUGUAAUAUGUUGUAUUUAAGAUUGUGUUGAUUUUAUUUGU